UAGCUUCCUGCCUCCUGCUUGACCCGGGCUCACCGGCAAGCUGUUUGCCUCGCCCUCAGAAACCUCCUCCUGCUGCAACCUCGGGGCCUGUGGGCGCCGCUGGGGGUUCAAGCCGGCUGGGGCCGCAGGAGGAGCGCGCGAGGGCGCGGGGUCCCGCCGGGGAGCGCGCACGGAGCGGCGCCUCGGCCGCCCUGCUGCUUCCUGGAGCUGUGCUCCUUUGACCCCAGUGGCAGUCCCUGUCACUGCACCGCUCGCGCUCCCUCUGGCUCGCCGCGCCCUCGCUCCCUCUCCUCGCCCCCUCGCUCGCUCUCUCCCCAGAUCGAGGCUGCUCCCGUCCUCUUUCCCCCACCUCCCUCUCGCGCCGCACCCAGGGCCCCCCGCCCCAGCCCGCGGCGGGACCUCCCGGGUCGAAGGUUCUGGCCUGCCCGCGCCCCUCGCCGCCCCCGCGCGCCCCCCGCCGGCUCGGGCCGCUCAGCGAUGGAUCGCCUGCUCGCCGGGCGUUGAAGGCAUCCCCGGGACCCGGAGCGCAGCCCGGGAAAGAAACACAGAGCGGUAUUGAUGAGUAGAUCUUUGGGUUCAGAGGUUGGCUGAAACGCACCAUGCCUGCUUUCAUCCUUUGCUCCAGAAAGUUGUGAAUUGCUCAUGCCUAUAGGGAGAAAGGAUGGCACAUGGGAUUCCUUCUCAAGGCAAAGUUACCAUAACGGUGGAUGAGUACAGCUCAAACCCCACCCAGGCAUUCACACACUACAACAUCAACCAGAGCAGAUUCCAGCCACCGCAUGUACAUAUGGUCGACCCCAUCCCAUAUGACACUCCAAAACCAGCGGGCCACACGCGGUUUGUCUGCAUCUCAGACACACACUCCAGAACAGAUGGUAUCCAGAUGCCUUAUGGGGACAUCCUUCUCCACACAGGCGAUUUCACCGAGCUGGGACUGCCCUCAGAGGUUAAGAAGUUUAAUGACUGGUUAGGAAACCUGCCAUACGAAUAUAAAAUAGUGAUUGCUGGGAACCAUGAACUGACAUUUGAUAAGGAAUUCAUGGCAGACCUUGUUAAACAGGACUACUACCGUUUUCCCUCUGUGUCCAAAUUGAAACCAGAGGACUUUGACAAUGUUCAGUCCCUCCUGACAAACAGUAUUUACUUACAAGAUUCAGAGGUAACAGUGAAGGGAUUCAGGAUAUAUGGUGCACCUUGGACCCCGUGGUUUAAUGGAUGGGGCUUUAACCUACCCAGAGGUCAGUCUCUGCUGGACAAGUGGAACCUCAUCCCUGAGGGCAUUGACAUCCUCAUGACACAUGGACCUCCUCUAGGUUUUCGAGACUGGGUUCCAAAGGAGCUUCAAAGAGUGGGCUGCGUGGAGCUGUUAAACACAGUCCAGCGGCGAGUACGGCCCAAGCUCCACGUGUUUGGUGGAAUCCACGAAGGUUACGGCAUCAUGACAGACGGUUACACAACAUACAUCAAUGCCUCAACGUGUACAGUCAGCUUUCAACCGACCAACCCUCCAAUUAUAUUUGACCUUCCAAACCCACAGGGUUCCUGAAGCUCCAUAUGCCCGAUUGGAAUGUGAGGAAAGGUCUAUAAACUGUCAUUUUUCUAAUUUUAAACUUAUAUUCUCUUACUUGUUUAUUUCCAAAUCCUGUGAGUUCCUUUUGUAAAUUGCUGGAACAGAAACGCUAGAGGUUGUGCUGCUUCUUUAUUAUUUUAUUUUUAAAUGGGCAUCCAUUUGAAAUCAAAGAAGCAUUGUGAAUUUGUAAAAUGAUUUCUGUUUUCUCAAAGGCCAGGCCAUUGUAAAUUGUUAGUGUUUGCCAAAGGACAGCCAAGCUUUCUUUUAAAAAGUGAUCAAAAUCUUAUUUUAAUAUGCUUUAAGCUGGAAGAAAAGAAAAAAAAAGGUAGACAGUGUUUUUAAAAACCACCCAGAUUUGCACAACUGUUUAAGAAUAUUGUUUCAAGUAUUUUAUUUUUUGAUGUUUUGUUGUUGUCGUUGUUGUUUUCUUGGUAAUGCUUCUUUUUUGCAGACAUGGCCCCAAUUUAUAGCAGUCUUCUCAACAGAGGUAGACGUGGAAAAGACUUCUCUUCACACUCUCACUAUGAAGAAAGCUGUGUCAAGGGAAGAAAACGGCCCUCAUUUAAAGGAAGUCUUAGCUAGUGAGCUCCAUAUCGUGGUUAUACAAGCUCUCGUUGUUUGUUUAUUUCUUUUAAAUUAUUUUAGCUUUAAAAAUAUGGAAACGGAAUCUGUCAAGAGCUGGUAUUUCAUGCAGUAAAAAAAACGAACAUACAGACUCCUUUUCGAUAUGAAUUUAUAUAUAUAUAUAUACGUAUUUUUUUUUGUGAAUUAUGACUAAGUUAGGAGUUUAAUAUUGCCAAUGACAGUUCAACUGCAAAGGGGUGCACAUUAGAAAUCCGAAGGAGCUGACACAUUUUCUCAGAACUCAAGGUCUAAAAGAGCUUGAGUUAAAUCUUGGUGCAGUUGCAGGCAUGUAUAAAUGGAUGCAAUGGAAGCUAACUAAAAUAAGGCUUAGUUGUCCUUUAUAUUUAAAUACCCUGAAUUGUCUUCUUACUCCCUGCCCCUCAUUUUGCACUGUGUGUGGAUGCAAUCUUCGCUAGCACAAAAUAUUGUCGCUAAUAGUCAUUUCUGUUUUCCCAUUGUAAAUGCUGUUGAGCUUUAUUCUAUUUUAUGUUACCUUGUUAAUGAAAUUUAGGAAAGCAGUUGUUUCUUUAAAUUUAUUGUGAUAUUCUUUAUCUAGCGGCCUUUAUAUGCAAAUAAAAUUGCAAGAUUUUUAAAUCUGUGAUGUUUGAAGGGAUUAGUGGUGGGAGGGUGGUGGUUUAAGUCCUGGGGAAGGGAGUUUUAUUCAUACGCAACACCAGUAAUCCCUUUAAAAGAAUUAGAGUAAGUGACUUUUUAAAAAAUUUUUCAAUAAAUUUUUAUCACUCGCCAUCUGCGGUCGGCAGGUAGAUCGAUAAGGCACUCAGUGUACUCUUUCCUUCCAUCAUACUGUCAUCUAUCUUACUGUAGAUUUCAGAGGAUGACGAUUUCGUCUUUGACUACAGUCACUGCUCCUGUAGAAACUAAAGUGGCCAUGUUACUGCGGACAUGUCUCUGAUAGUGAGAGGGGGAAGCAGCUGAUAAUAGAGUAACCACUGCACAGCCCCUUUUGUCCCCAAGAGCAGUCACUAUCCCCCCUUGCUGGUUUUUUAAUAUAUCUAUCCAAAAAUGCUUUUGCAGCCAGAGGUGGUGGAUGGUAAGGUGGGGAAAUCUGUGUAUGUCAUUUUUGCUUUCUCUGGAAGAAGUUGAAGAAAAACCAUAUGAUCCUGAAUUUGCAAUGUAUCCCAAAAGUCUGUGUUCUAGUACCCAUUAGAUUAUAUUCAGAUAAAUCUGCCUGCCUUCUUCUCCAUAGAAGCUCCUUUGGUGUUAUUCCUGAAGGGAAUUCUUUAUUUCAGUCCCAGCAGAGUAGAAAGAGAGUGUUCUAGUCCAGAAUUCCAGCUCAAACUCACAUAUAAUUAUCUUGGGCUAUUGCAGCUGUUAAUAUUUAUUUAAGCAUCUCAGAGGCCACCCAGAACCAUGGGGGACACUUUGGCCUGAGUUUGCAAAGCAGAUCCCUGAUGCUCUAGCUUCCCAAACAGAGGUGGUCUAUGAUGUGCCAAAAGAGGUACUGGGAGCAGGUAACAACCAUCUUCUGACCUGCUGCAUCAGUCAAAGUGGUGCCAACUUCAGGUCCCUUCCCAGAGAACUGGAGUGAGAGAUGGGCUGAAUGGAAAUUUCACCUGGUAACUGUACGAGGAGCUGGGCACAGACUUCUUGAAAAGCAGGCUUUCCGGAGACAGGCAGGGGAUCAUGAUGACAAGUGUGUGUACAGCCCUUGAGAGGACAUCUGGACACAAACUAAUUAAGCUAAGCACUUACUUAAAUUGCCUUUCAUUGUGUGGGGGCUGGAAGCAACCCAGUCUGUGAAACCUAGAAGGGGAAACGUAGCAUGGCUCGUGGAACAAGGUUCGUGCAGCCUGUCCACCAUUCCAUCUGCAUGAGCUGCCUCCGCGGGCCCAGACUGUCCAGAGCCUGAAGCUUUCUCCACUGGGCCUUCGAAUAAGGAAACAUUCCAAGUAGCUCUCACAAAUUGAGCACUUUCCCUCUCCAGGCACUCUUCGGAGCACAGCUCGUAUUUUGUUUCUCAUCAUCACAAAACCCUGGGGGAAGUCACAUUAGCCCCAUUUUUUAAGAUAGGAAACUAAAGUCCCAAAGGUUAAAUCAUUUUUCCAAGGAAAAUGGAAAGUUAAAACCAGGUCUUUCUAAC